AUGUCACUAGAGAAUCGGAUACAGCUCUGGCUGCAACGGAUCCAAACAGGCUCGCCAUCUACUCCUCAGACCAGACAAGGUCCAAAGCGCCGUCGCUUAAACCUCCCUUCCCCAGAAGCCUCGCAAAGUGACAACAGCGUUGGAAUCCUUCCUUCGUCUCAACGUUCCGUAUACGGGGAAUUCAAGUGGGCCAGACAGCCCAUUCUAAGCAAAUUCCUCUUUUCAGACGAUCGUGACAAUCUUGGGCAUACGCCAACGCCUGAAGCUAUACAGUGGAUUCUUCACGAGGCUGCCUAUUGCAAUAGUAGAAGUUGUUCGGAGGCAGAUUGGAACGUUGAAGUUCAUCAUCGUGUUCUUUCUGCUGCUCUGAGACCGUUGCAGGGUCCGAGGAGUGACCAGUUCUUUGACUUCCGACUUAGUACAACCGCUUCAAUCAUCACCGCGUAUCAUGUGACGUCAGCGUCUAAGAAAGUUGACUUUUGCAUGUAUCUCGAUCCCAAACAGGAUGAGUCUGCCCAGGAUUCGGAGACCAUUGGCGCCCUAAAGGAUAUCCUCCCUCUCGGCAUGUUCAAUCACACAAAUUUAGCCCCCCUCUCCGACAAUCCCAUCGCCGUCAGCAUCGAAAUCAAGAAGACAGGCGAAGGCUGGGAGAACGCCAGGCUUCAGAUGGAAGUCUGGAUGGCGGCCCACUGGCAGUUCCACCGACAAUUAGUCUCGUUGCGACAACGUGCACAAGAGCUCACAACUGCCAACGAGAAGGUAUGGAACUUGCCAGAUUUCAUACCUGGCAUUAUCAUCCAAGGACACGAUUGGCAUCUUAUCAUCACAACGCCGGAGGGAGAGAAGACAGUUUUCUGGCAGAAGAAGAAUCUUGGAGAUACAUCGAGCUCAAUGGGGAUUUACAAGAUUAUAUACAAUUUGCAGCUGUUACGGCAAUGGGCACAAGAGGAAUAUUGGAAAUGGAUGAGAGAGUUGUUACUGGACUGGCCACGAAAUGGUGGGGAAUUGGUUGUUUGA